AUGGCAAAUUCAAGACGAGAAAAUAAUUUUAAAAAUGUUAACAAUGAUGAAUAUAAAGCUGUUACUGAUGGCUUGAAAAAAAUAUAUAACCAAAAAAUCAAGUCACUGGAAACUACUUAUAAUUUUGAAGGGUUUCAUUCACCUCCACUAACGGAUAGUGAUAUAGAAGCAAAGCCAAUUGUACUACUCAUGGGACAAUAUUCGAUUGGAAAAACCACCUUCAUAAAAUACUUAUUAGAAAGGGAAUACCCUGGAAGUCAUAUCGGUGUAGAGCCAACAACGGAUCGAUUCGUUGCUGUAAUGAAUGGGGUUGAAGAUAAGUGCAUUCCUGGCAAUGCUGCGGCCGUAGAUGCAAAGUUGCCAUUUCAAGGACUCAACAAAUUUGGGCAAGCAUUUUUAACAAGGUUUCAGGUUUCACAACUUCCAAGUCCUAUCCUUGAGAAUAUGUCGAUAAUCGAUAGUCCUGGCAUUUUAGCUGGCGACAAGCAGCGUCUUGAUCGCGGUUAUGAUUUUACUUCCGUAAUAGAAUGGUUCGCUGAAAGAGCGGAUUUGAUCUUAUUAUUUUUUGACUCUCAUAAAUUAGAUAUUUCCAAUGAAUUCAAAUUGGCAAUCACUUCUUUGAGAGGGCAUGAAGAAAAGGUCAGAGUGUUGCUUAAUAAAGCCGAUAUGGUUGAGGGUCAACAAUUGAUGCGUGUGUAUGGCGCUUUGAUGUGGUCACUCGGAAAAGUUAUCCAGACUCCUGAAGUGAUGCGAGUUUAUCUUGGUUCAUUCUGGUCAGAGAAACCUUCUAAUGUAUUUGAGGACUGUAGAGUAUUACUUGAUGCUGAGCAAAAAGACAUGCUAAAAAGUCUCAGUGAAUUACCACAUAAUGCUACUAUCAGAAAAGUAAAUGAGAUUGUCAAACGAGCAAGAAUAGCAAAGGUGCAUGCUUAUAUUAUUGGACAUUUGAAAAAAGAAAUGCCUAUGUGGGGCAAGACAUCUAAACAAAAUGAACUUAUAGCAAAAUUAGAUCAAGAAUUUGUAAAAAUUCAACACAAAUAUCGCUUAGCACCUGGCGAUUUUCCAAAUUUGGAGCGAUUUAAAGCAGGUCUUAGUGUUUACAAAUUUGAUAAGUUCAAUAACUUAAAAUCCCAACUUGUUGAAAAGGCUGAUGAUGCGUUAUCUAACGAUUUACCAAAAUUGAUGGCUAAAAUCCCACAAGGAAAUCGAGUAUUAUCACCGACAGAACGUAAUCCGUUCGACAUGACAUUAUCAAUUUCAAAAAAUAGCAACCGAUUAGAUCUACCGCCAAGUUACUGGGAUUUCUCAGCAAUUAACAAACAAGAAGCUAUAGCAAAAUUUAACGCUUUGAGACCAAAUAAUGGCAAAGUGAAUGGAGAUUCAGUUAAACCGGUAUUGAUUGAUACAGGAUUAGAAAAGGCUGUCUUAGCAAAGGUUUGGAAAUUGGCAGACUGGGAUGAAGAUGGAUAUAUGGAUAUUGAUCAAUUCUCAGUAGCUUUACACCUUUGUAAAGCUGUUAUGUCUGGUGGUGAGUUGCCUGAUGAAUUACCACCGACCUUGAAACCUAGCAGCAAACUUUAA